CAAAAAGGUCUCGAAAUUUAAAAUGGUGGAAGAGCUUGUACAGACAUGCUCGUACUGUUCUUGAUUUUUUUUCUAGACUGUCUAGACUUUAUAGAAUUAGAAACUUUCAGUUGCAUUUGAACAUGUCCUACGGGUAGCAAAGUGCUUGUCACUUCAAUAAAUACGAUGUCCAAAAACAAUGGCCGUUUGGCAGUUAAUUUAAAAUCAGCAAAAUGUCCUUUAAAUGCUGGUCAACAGACUCGCAAUCAGCACCACCAGCCAACAUACAUCAUCAUUUACAAGCAAAAAGAAAAUUCUGACAACGUUAAUACUGAUUCGACCAAGAACGAAGACACGACACAUGACGUUGUACGGAAGAACUUGACCGACAUCGACGUAGACAAUUACGACAGCAGCUUUUCCGCAGCAAAGAUUUUUUUAGAUGACGAAGAAAAUAGUUUGCAGUGUAAGACUGCAGCUAACUGUCAUGAAUCACUGAAAUGUUUAGAUUCAAAUUUCAUCAAGAAGAAAUUGUUUCAGAGCAGAUUUUCACCCGCCACAUCAGCAUGCAGUUCUCUGACAUCUGUACAUUCAAAUAUUACCUCAGUCGUGACACCAGGCAGCAGUAAGGAUGAGCAAGACAGUGGGGUCUUCUGUACACCCACCUCUGGUGAAAAUCUGAAAAACCACGCUGCUGUACGGAAAAUAGUUCUCAUUUCACCGGACAUCCAAACUCCACUGAGAGUUCAGUCUUUGGCAUCUCAGACUCUACAGGCAUGCACUUCAUCUCCACAGUUUUCUCCUGGCUUUUCAGUGCCACGAUUUCCGCUAGCCACUUCAACACCAGUGACUGCAGCUGAUGGUCAUUGUCAUGAUAUUGCAGAUACCCCUGACUCCGGUGCUUCUUUGACCACCUCAUUCUCAUGUAGUACGCCGGGCACACCAUUUGGUACUUCGGUUGUCAACCUUUCAACGGCAUCUGCCUCGUCAGUGUCAUCAGGACUUGGCCAUCUUCAGGUUUCAGAAAAGUUGUCAGAUAAUAGGGAGAAUGAUGGGAAAGUCUCACAAACUGAUCUCGAGGCAGUCAACACACAUGGCUCCAUGAAUGAAGAACAAGAUGACAUAUGUCUGGACACAUCUCUGGCCAACAUCCACUGGCUUAAAGGCUAUUCCUUACCAAAGAAGAAACCAGCAGCAAAGCCAGCAACCAGUCAGGGUGUGGGUAUUCCGUGGAUGUCCAGUAAUCCUCCUACAAGGAUACAGUCCGAUCUAGGUGAAAUCAAGAGAACUGAACAGGAGUCUGAGCAGUGUCAGAGGCCACCCUACUCGUACAUGACUCUCAUCCAGAUGGCGCUGCACAGUCGAGACGACAAGAAGAUGACCCUCAAGGAAAUAUGCUCGUGGGUGGAAACAACAUUUCCGUUUUACAAGUACACAGCUAAACCUGGUUGGAAGAAUUCGAUCCGACACAACCUUUCCUUCUACCAAUGCUUUGUGAGAGACCAGGCCGAAAAAAAGAAACAUGGUGCGCACUGGACUCUGCAGCUAGAUGAAGCUGAAAACGAACACACAGCAGUUUCAAGUAAAUCUACAGAUGUUUAUGUUCCCCAAUCGAUGACUGCAAAUGAUGUUCCAGGCAUGAUUCCACUGUUUGUGAACUCGCCAUUUCUUCAGCAGGCUAAUGGUUCUUUACAGUCUUUUCAACUUGAUUCAUGUAAUUCAAGAAAAAGAAGAACAGGACCGAUGCCUAUUCUCCCUCGACCUUCUCCAAUGCAAGCUUAUGCCCUGGUGCCCAUACAGAGCGUCCCUCUACAGACCAUGCAGAACAACCCAAUCAUUGUACACGUACCUAACUCACUGCCACAGCAACAGGUCCUGUCCAACCUGGUUCCCGUCAUCCCAUCUGUCCACACAGACUCUUAUCAUACUCAAGCCAUCACUCUAGCAUCUUCAGUGAACUCCGUCCAUUCAUCCUGUCACAGUCAAGGCACCUCAUUCCUAUCUCAACAACAACUGAAUUCUGUCUACACACAACAGUCUCAAAAUAUGACAAUGAUAACAGUGACUCCAAGGGAGUGUUCGGUCGAGACGAGCACUACAAACUACAGCAAAAUACAGCUCAGUUCGGUGCAGAGAGUGAAAGAGGAAGAGCAAACGGAACAUGAUGGCAGAAACGUCAUCAGACAGGCCUGGUCACAGGCCAACAAGUCGACUUGUGAAAGCCAGGCUCCAUUCUUUCAGUCUUCGUCCCCUCAUAGGCAUAGUUGUGAACAGAUGAAUGAUCCAUUAUCAGAGUUUCGUAGUGAAGAAGUCGAACAAAAAUCAAAGCGACAAAAGACUAAUGCUGGUUUGCCCAAGCCAAAAAUGUAUAUCACUCGUCCAAAGAAAAAAACGAGAAGUCGCGUUAAAAAACAACUACCCAAAGUUUUGGAGGAAAAGGAAUUGUUGGCGGAUAGUUCCGAUUCAGAAUCUGAAAAUAAAAUUUUCAGUGGACUUCCGACUCCUCUGCGGUUAUUGUUUGAUUCCGAUAAUACUAACGGUGAACCACGCAUUACUUCCACUCCUCUAAGGAAUGUUUCAUUUUCACCUGACCAGCUUCCCUCGCCAAUACGUGGACUAACGCCUUUAAAGUGUAAUCUUUUCGAUGGCAGCUUUCUGGACAAUCUUCACGAGGAAGCAACAAGAACUAUAAAGUUGUUUGGUUCUCCGAUAAACUGUGACACACUUAAGACUGGUAACAGUUCCUUUUCAGAAUACGGCAUUGUGCAAAUAUCCCCUGACAGAGGUUUGAAAGGCCAGAAUGACAGCGAUAACAAACACAGUUUGUCGAAUCUCUUAGCCGAUUUCCCAAUUGACGCAAACUUCAUGGAUGAUGGCGACGGUCUUCCUGUAGAUUUUUCAGUGCUCAACUGGAGUAAUCUUCAACAGCAGUGUUUGAACAAGAGUGGUAGUCCCAGUGAUUCAUAGCAACUGUUAGCUUAGGUCUUUGUAGAACUUAUCAUAGCUGUCACAAUCUACUUAAUAAACUCAUUGGUGGGUGGUUUUUACUGCCAAUUUUAAAAUUUUAUAUGUGAACUGUUAGUGGACUAAAUAGUGCUUGGCGAUUUUUCAUCAAUGUUUUUUUUUUUUUACAUUUUCUGACUUUGACAGACUAAGAUGUUUUAAUAGCUGAAAGUAAACAAAACCUAUUGUUAUUUCUGCAAUAUGGGGUGGGGGGGGUACGUAAAUCAUGGAAUGGUAAUUACAUGGAAAUUUUUUUUAAAUAUAUUAUAAGUCUUCGUUUGAUUAGAACUAACUAUUUUUUUAAAUAUUCUUGCAGUGUUUACUUGGCUUCCUGUAUAACAUGGAAGCUAUAUAGCUGAUACAGUUGUUUGAAAAUAUAGUGUGUGAAUAUUUAUGUUAAUAUAUUUUCUGUUAGAAAUUAGAACACUAGCUUUAAACAUUUCUUUGAACAUGCAAUGUUCAAGGACGUGUAAAUGAAUUUGUUAUGUACAUGUAUAUGUACACCUGUUUAAUAAAGGUAUACACCAUAUAAAAUAGA